UGCUUGGCCCGAGCUCCCCCUGCCAGCCAGCCAGCCAGCCAGCCAGCCGAUAGGCGGACCUCCGAGAAAUUUGAACCAAACCACCAAACCCGCCCAAAACAUCACCACCACCCCAUCUCUUCGCGCCCCACCCCGUCCCGUCCACCUCAAUCACGCCGCCGUCGUACAGGCGAGCCUCCAAUUGUGAUUGUGCGCUGUCCUCCGCCCGCCGCCCAGCAGCUCUCUCCCCCGACCCGCCCCUCGAGGGCCCCCCAUCUCCAUCUCCAUCACCAUUACCACCACCACCACCACCGCUUAACACAACCAUCCAUCGCGGUCCAUCAUGUCUCUGGUCAAUCUCGCACACGUGUGCUCGCAUCUGCAGAAUGCAUCCAAAGCCCGUCUGGGCCUGACGUCGAUCCCCGUCUCCAAACUGCACGUCAACCUCUCCCUGGGCCUCCAACGCGAGGGCUUCAUCUCGAGCGUGACGCUAGGCGGACAAGCCCCGCCGACGCCCUACAGCCUCCAAAAGACGCUGAGCCCCGAAGAGCACGAGAAGCUGGCCGAAACGCUCGCCCACUCGCCCUGGGACGCAUACCCUCCACCCUCGGAAAACGAGUCGUCGCCGUCGCCGCUGGGGCGAGAAGAGCUCGUCCACCACGUCAAAGUGCCCAGGAAUCCCGCGGCCCGGCGGCUGUGGCUGGGACUCAAGUACUGGAACAACGAGCCGGUGCUCAAGAACAUGAAGCUGCUCAGCAAGCCCACGCGGAGGAUAUGGUUGACGGGCGACGACUUGGCCAAAAUCACGCGGACGAGACAUGCGGGCUACGUCAAAGGCAUGACCCAUCCGGGAGAGUGCAUGUUCUUGACCACGGAUCGAGGUAUUUUGGAGGCUAGGGAGUGUGUGGAAAGGCGCAUUGGGGGUAUGGUGCUCUGCCGGGUGUGGUAG